UAAGCCAAAGCUUCUGCUGCUCUGACCCUCCUCCUCUUUGUACUCUUCUCCCACACACAGCACUCGUCUGUUUCUUAUCUUCUGUGUUUUUGUUAUUUUCCUCUUUGGGUUAGAGCUGUGCUCGGAGCUCCUCCUCCCCAGAACCAUUAAGCAUUGCUUUCCUCUGUUCCUCUCUCUCAUUCGCCACUUUCUCUCUCUAUUUCCUCCUCCUCUUCUCCACUUGUUUGGAGGAGCAAGACUCUCUGGCAGACUGUGUAUGUUCUGUGCUUGAGGAGAAAAAGAAUGACCUGAGGAGGGAGAGACGGGACGACAACCUAAGAAAAGAAGCAAGGACUGCAACAGUGUGGCACAGGAACCAGACAGACAUUUUUCAUUGCGGAGAAAUAACAGCAAAAAUGACCACAAUCUGUGUUUGGGCCCUAUUGGUCCUCUUGGCCUGUCCAGUGGACCCCUUCCGGACCCUCUACAAUGACAGAAAAGAUCCAGGUCCCAAUCAGGACCAAACGGACCCAAAAGACUACCAUCAAGAUGCCAGGCGCAGGGAGGAGGGGAAGUGUCGACGAUGCUGCGACCCAGGAGAGGACACUCCCCAUCAGUACUCCAGCCAGAACUACCCACCGUACCAGAUAGUACCACAGAUCAACAUCACUCUGCUCAAAGGUGAGAAAGGUGAUAUUGGAGACCGAGGGCCUUAUGGUAAAUCCGGCAGAGCUGGUCAGAUGGGUCCUCCAGGUCACACUGGCAUGAAGGGUAGCAAAGGCAGCAUGGGCCUCCCUGGUGAGUCCUGCAAGUCUUACUUUGCAGCCUUCUCUGUCGCCCGCAAGAAGGGUCUACACUCCAACGACUACUACCAGACACUGGUGUUUGACACAGAGCUGGUCAACCUCUACGGUCACUUUAACAUGUUCACUGGUAAGUUCUACUGCUAUGUGCCCGGCAUCUACUACUUCAGCCUAAACGUGCAUACAUGGAACCAGAAGGAGACAUACCUACAUGUGAUGCACAAUGAGCGGGAGGUGGUGAUCCUCUACGCCCAGCCCAGUGACCGCUCCAUCAUGCAGAGCCAAAGCCUGAUGCUGGAACUUGAAAGAGAUGACCAGGUCUGGGUCAGACUCUUCAAAGGCGAGAGGGAGAACGCCAUCUUCAGUGAUGACUUUGACACUUACAUCACCUUUAAUGGACACUUGAUUAAGUCCAAAAAUGAGUUGUAGGUAGAAGACUGGACAAGUGUGAGUUGGCACCUCAACAGAUUGAAUAUGGACGAAAAAUGGUCUAAAGGGGAGCUUCAUUAAUAUAUUAUCAAUGUGGUUUGAAAAAUCAUGUCAUAUAGACAGUGGUUUUGUACAGAAAGACAACUCACUUAAAAAAAUUUAAAAUUAAAUCAAGCCACACAAUGGAACUUGCAGGUAAUAUUAAAGAAUUUGUGGCAUUCACUAAUUGUCUCCUAUUUAGAAUUUUCUUCUAGGUACGAACAAAAUUCCUUAGUGGUUCUGACCUGCCUGUGUCCACAUGGGUAAAAAAUAAAUUACACAAAAUUAUAAUGCCUUAAAGUCCAGGUAAAACGUAAAUCAGAGAGCUAUUUGCUUCCAAAUACUUAUUUCCUGUAAAAACAGGCAUUUAGGGAGGGACUUUUCGUGGUAGCCAAUUGUGCUGUAUGUUAUGUCAAGCAGCUGUAGAGGACCCAUUAGUGCUGACUGGAAGCUCCCAGCAUAAACAGCACAUCCAGAUAGAGACUGAAUGCAGCAUCUGAUGCCGACAUAGGACAGUUUGACGACAGGGAAUAGUACAAGUACAGAGGUGUUUUUAUUGAUGGAUUUAGCUUCUAAGUGGCAAAUGCUAUCUAACAUUACGGUUGGCGACAAGUCCAUCUGGAAAUGUACCGUAAAUCACCUCAGUACUUAGAUCCAGUUUUUCCCCCAAUCACUGAUAAAGUUGUGUUUUUGUACAAUAUUCAGCUACCCAAGCUGUUGCUGGCUAGCAAACAAAUGAAUCUUUGUUCUGUGUCACUAAAAUAUGAAGAUGGCAUGAUAUUAUUGUUUGAAAUUGGUUAGUUCAUGCUUACAUAAGCACACGUCUUUUGGAUUGGAAAUGAUUGGAUUUUGAUAUAAAAAUACAGUUUUUGUGAAUUUCUUGGCAUACAUUGUUAAAGGGGGUACAAUAUAACCAAGGAUGCAAUCAUAAAGGGUUAAAAUGACAUUUGUAGUUUCACCUGGACUUUGAAAUGAAAUUAACUAAAUAAAAUUGAAACCAAGAGAUUUUAUUGGCAUAAUUUGGCACAGUAAGGUAUACAGUAUAUUUUAGUAGUUAUAGACAGUUCUAUCACUCUGCACUCAGGGUCUUUAUGCAGGUCUGUGUCCAGUUUCAUGCUCUGUUGCAUCCAACAGUCUAACAUCACUGCUUUAGGCUACAAUAUUAUCCCAUCUAAUAUUUCUGUGACUGCCACAUGAUUGUCUCUUCAGUUCGUCAUGGACCCCUUUGUUUAGAAAGACAUUUCUAUGCCUCCACGCCAGUGAUAGCCAUAGCCGGAGGAAUUAUGUUUUUGUGUUGUUCUUCUCUCCCAUUCCUGUGAACGCAAUACCUCAGGAACGCCUCAAGGGAAUUUCUUCAAACUUGGACUCUGGUUAGAUUUUGGUUGGCAACUGUCAUGUUUGAGGUCACUGUGACCUCACACAUUUUCGGCUUUAACUCAAGAACCAAUUACCAUAUUUCACAACUAGUCGGACAAUGCAUUGGUGACACUUGACUUAAAGGUCAAAGGUCAUUGUGACCUCAUUAUGUCCUGGAAAAACUGUUUUUUGGCCAUUAGACAACACCAUAACUCAGGAACAGACGGGGAUAUUGAACUGGCUGAUUCCAGCUUUCACACAAAUGUGACAAACUCAAAAGAGUGAGUAAUUUCAACUACAGCUCACAUCUAAAAAUGCAAGGACAAAUGAGCACCACAUUUUGUAUAGCUACACUAUCUUUACAUUGUAAUUUUUGUGCCUGUUUAGCCAAUACAUCUCUGAUUAAUCAGUUCAAAAAUGUGUAUUCACUUUAAUCAUACAUAUGUACCAUGAAAUAUAGUGAUAACCUCCAUUUAGCCAAAAAUGCAGUUUAUACCUUAAAUAUAAUUCUUUCAAAGAUUUCACCACAUAUAUUAUAAGUGUCUGGAGAGACAUGGCUGUAGACUGCAACUUAACUGCUUGCAUACAACCACAGGGCUUCAUGUCAAACAAUUCCUCUUCUGUGAUUUUUCAGCCGUUUGAGCUACUGUAGCUCGUCUGUUGGAUCGGACACAUUGUUGCAUCAAUGAGCCUCGGCCCCAUAUGACCCUGUCUGUGGUUCACCGCUUUUCCUUCCUUGAACUACUUUUGAUAGGUACUGACCUCUGCAGACCGGGAACACCCCACAAGAGCUGCAGGUUUGGAGAUACUCUGACCCAGUUGUCUAGCCAUCACAAUGUGGCCCUUGUCAAAGUUGCUCAGAUCCUCACGCUGCCCAUUUUUCCUGCUUCUAACACAUCAAGUAUGAGGACAAAAUGUUCACUUGCUGCCUAAUGCAGUGUAUAUUAAAGUCUGUACAACUAGCUGUCAAUAAUGUGUCACCAGAAAGCUUCAACCAAACUUUGGGCACCAAAUUGUAAAAGAAAAUAUUUUGUUGAGAAGCUUCAAAGAAAUGUUUAUGGUAUAACUGUUUUUGAAAGAUUUAAGUUUUUCUCCGUCCACAGGAUUAAAAAAAUACACAAACAAAUAACAAGAUGUAUCCAGGAAUGCAUGGACCACAACCAUUUCACCAGUGUUUCAGUUUUUUUACUGCUCAUAAACCCAGCUGCUUCCUGUUGUAGAAAGGAUGCUACUACCUGUGUCUUACUCUCUUGUUUUAAAUAUCUGGAUAUCUAAAUAUAUAUCUAAAUAACUGCAUGAAAGCUAACAACACUGCUGUAUAAAAGUGCAUGAGGUUAACCAUUUACUAUGAACUUGUGGCGUAUCAUUUAAAUGGAGGGUCAGUCUCAGUGAUGGUCUUAUCAUUCAUAUAAACAUGUAGCACUAUUAAAUGAUCAUUUUACUUAAAACAUUUCGAAAGUUAUAACUAAUAUCUUCAGGGCUUCUGUUCCAAUUGACCCUUCUUAAGCGCCGCUCCUUUUGGAACCAAUGUCAACUUCCUCCCAUGUUGAAAAGACAACCAAAUUUAAUGCUAGCUAACUAACUAGCUACUCUACAUCAGUUGUUAUCUAGCUAGGUAGGUGGCUAAUUCGCUAAUGUUUUGCUAACAUUAGCUAUCAGUAACUAGCUAGCUAAUGAUUCAUGUAAAUUAGCUAGCUAGUUAGUGUUACUGCUCUGUAGCAAUAUGCUGGCUAACUAGCCACUUAACUAGCUAAAUGACGAUUGAUGUAGAAUAUCAUUUAUGUGUUAUUAUGUCACUUUUAUCAAUCUUAUAAAUCUUUUCAACUCUCAACGAGCCUAGCACAUAGCAUAUCUAAGUACAGUAAAGGAGAAAGUUGACUGAGGCUUGCUCAACUGUCAUUGGCUCACAGAGCAAAAAAGGGCCGGGACUUAGGAAGGGCCAGCUGUGUUUUUUUUGUGCUAUUAUUACGAUGUAUUUGACGAAUGUUUAAGUACAGUAAACUUACUGUUCUUAGGCAUACUGACCUGUCAUAUUUUAGAUGUGGAUAUUUGUAUGGUUGUUUUCUUUUGUUUCUUGCUCUGUUCCUAAAUUGUACCAUUAUUUUGCGACAUGAUGGGCAAACUCCCCUUCUGGAGUCCCCCAUGGGACCUUAUUCUCUGAAAAUAUCCCAUGACAAUAAAGUUUUAGGAACUGUGCCAUGAAUUACACAUACAGUGUUGUCAAUUUAAAAGAGAAUUUGGUGAAGAAAGUCACAGUUGUAGUAACAUUUAUUUUUUUGUGAAACCUCCCACAAUAUGACCAACAUGGCUGUCAUCUUGUAACAUUAUCUUACCUGAUGUGUUUUAUCCAGCCACUCGUCCUUUUAUCAGCCAGAAAGUAAAAGAAUGAGCAAGACCAGUUGCUGGUGUGACUACAUCCUGGUACGAAACACACAGCAUCGUCAAGUUCAGUGUCUCUGGUUAGCUUCUGGAGAGAGAAAGUCAUGAUGCCACUUUUGGGUUGUCUUUCUAAUUAUGUUGUACCUUGUACAUUUACAAUAAACUGUGACUUUCUUGACUUGCAAAAUUAUCUUUUAAAUUGACAAAACAGCAUAUGUGUAAUUCAAAGAACCACACAUAUUUUUUCUGAAAUAAGGUCCCAUGGUGGUCCACUGAAAGGUGAGGACUUUGCCUCUCAGUACAGACAGGUGAUAAAUAAAAUGAUAAACCACA